AAAAUCCUCUGAACAUUGUGGGUUUGUGGGAGAUGCUUAGGACCCUGCAGUUUCGAAAGGGGGAGGGGAGGAGUUAAAAAUGAUCGACAUAAUUUUCUGGAGGCACGGCAAACUGGAGAGCGAGUAAACUGUCUCGCUGACCACCACCAAAUGACAGCGGUUUCCUCAGAUUUGCUAGCAAAACUUACAUUCCAAUGCUUGGAGGGGGAUUGGGGGGAAACAGUUAUGCAUUUUCGUCUUUGAUCUUUGCUUUACAGCUCAUCAUUCAGAGUUGAUAAUGCUCAAGAUGAAGCUGCCCAUGAGAGCGGCGGAGGAGGGAGACAACUCCGUGGAAGAGGAUCAGGAAAACAACGACAGCAAUUUUCACGCUCACCAUUUAAUUUCGAAUUCGGUUCCGUAUAACGGAACGGAGGACUCUGGAGGGAGACCGGCUAGCCCGCUUCCACAGUUGAACAAGGAGGCGGUGUUUGAGUGGUUUGGAUUGCACCUCAGCCCGGCGAAACGGAUAGAGUUCAUGUGUGGGCUGCUGCAUAUGUGCCAACCGUUUGAACUCCGGUUUUUGGGUUCAUGUCUCGAGGACCUCGCACGUAAAGAUUUCUAUAUCCUCCGAGACUAUGAGAUCAAGGCGAACAGCCAGACCGAUUUGGGCCUCCUCGUGGAUGUUAGCGAUCCAGUGGUCCAUUCCAAACUGCUCGUUUGUCUAUCUCUUCUGGGAUCUGAAAACAGGGAAUGCGCAGGAAUAUUGUUUAGAACACUGAGCCAUGUUUAUUCCUCUCUUGACUUGAAAAACGGUGGGGUUUCCCCAUCCAAGCACGAUCAAGCCCGCAACCCAACUAACGGAGGAACCGAGUCAGGAAAAACAGAACCUCCACAUCGGCCAACGUUGGAGAUGGAGUCUGGCAUUAACCUUAACGUUAGUUCUCUAGAGCAGUUGGCUCUGCUCUUCACUAUGGCAUCUCUCCACCCGGCUUUCCCUUUCCACCAGCGAGAAACCAUCAGGCUACAGCUGGACAACGUGGAGACUGCGAUCGAGGAAUACAGGAGAAAAAGUGACAGCAAUGAAACUCCUACGGCGAAUGAAUUCCGCAAGUCCGACUACCUCUGUCCACACACUGGGAGAGGCAGAGCACGGUCAUCCCACCCAAGCAGAUCUGCUCGUGGUGAAGCUGUGCAGAUAGAGAAGAUUCUCCUGAAGGAAAUCUCUGCAAGUUCAUGGGAGUACAGUUUUGAGGUACUCUGCUCAGAUCAGUCAUCCAGCAAUGUGACCAAAUCCCACCUGGAGCUGGAGAAUUUCCUUUUAAAGCUGCCUAAGAGGCACUGCUCUGAGACCUGUGAGAAGGGCCUUCUGAGGCUUCUGACCCAGAGAUGCCAACACGACCCCAGGGACCUGGAGAGGAUGCUCAAAGAGAAGUUUCUCUCCCUGCCGCUGGACUUCCGUCAGAUGUGGGCUGUCUGCUCGUUCUUCCUCUCCGACUCGUCUCUUUCGCACUGCAGCCACUGUAGCUCCACGCCAGCAGGCAAGCCAUGCCAGUCAACUGGGCACUGCAACGACUGCUCCGAGACCUCCAGUCUGGAGGAAGCUCUCUCAGAUCUGGAUCUAGAGCCAUCUGGCCGAGCCGGCGCUUGGAUGAAACGCAGCAGCAAAGGUGCUGGCCGUGGGUGGCAGUGCUGCAGGAGCCACCCGAGGGAAAGCAGGAGGAGAGGCCGCUCCGCACACAAUGGAGAGGUGGAGUGGGGGUGCCACAGCCCCUCUCGCACGCCGGGCCUUGGAGCCUGUGCGGCCCACUCGGAGCAGUGCUGUGUUGGUGAGAAGCGGAGCUGCGCGGCGGGGAAAAAGCCUAAAGCGAGAGCCUCAGGAGCCGACAGGGAGCGGAUGAGGCGAGGGGAGGCGGAGCAAAGCUUUGUGCCCAACGGGAUCCGCAGGCCCUCUGCAGCUCAGAAGAUAAGGCAGGCUACGGGCCCUGAUGCGUACGGAGAGACGUCCUCUGAGAGUUCCUACUCCACCACCUCCAGCCCGCAGCACCUUCAGCAUACCAGUCUGCAGAGUGAAGAUGAUGAGGAUGAAGAUGAUGAUGAUGAUGAUGAAGAUGAUAGAGACACAGGCAGCCAGUCUGACAACUCCUUGCAGGACACAGGGACCCUGAGAGCUCACCCUGCCAAAGGCAUCAACGGAAAGGCGGUGGCCCUGGUGAACCCCAUGCUUCCGCCCGCCCUCGAAAAGGACCCCUCAAAGCAGGCCGAGACCACCGAUGGCAUACAGUCACCCCCCUUCUACACCAAACCAACCGCAACCCUGGAGCCCAUCCUGGCGACCUCCAGAGAUACACUGGGAUCCAGCACCCUGUCGCACGACAAGCCUCCUGUCGCUACAGUCAGUGCCCUCUCCAUCUUUGCCCAUCACGCCAGUGAUGCCACGGCGGUGGUACCCUCCAGCCCCCUCUCUCUCCACCCCGCCACCUCUCUCCCCCCGCACACGUCCCUCCCGCUGAGGGUCCAGGGUGGAGCUGUGCCCCCGGCCGUGCCCACCCACGCCCCCAGCACCAGGCCCACGCCCAGCCCAGUCCUCACCCACAGCGCCGCACACAGCUCCGGCAGCAGUAGUGCUUGCGGGAACCCUAUGGGCCUGACCACAGGCAUGGGCACCGCAGCGGGCACACCUAUGCAGAUGCCAGCGCAACCUCAAGCCAACCCCCAGCUAGGCUGCAAUGCCUGCGGGUGCCGAGGUAGCUGCGGUGGUAACGGCAUGGUUGGUGGAGGUGGAGGUGGAGGUGGAGUUGGAGGCGGCGGUGGUGGCGGCCACCAGGCGACGACGGGCUUCUUCCUGCCCCCGCAGCAGCUGGCCCCGCGGCAGAUGUUCAGUGCCGCCCCGCUGCCCUUCCUGCACCUGCCCUCGCUCUGCAGUGCCAACUACCCGCCCGGCACCCAGGCCCACCAGAACAGCACCGGACACACUGCUGCCGGCGGCCCCGCUGGUCAGCCGCUGUCCUUCUACCCGCACGCAGGCACCCACCACGCUCACGCUCCCCACGCGCCCCCCGCCUUCCCCACAAACCCGCUGAUGCAUGCCCACUCGGAGCACCUGCUGGCGGCGCAGACGGGCUACGGCCUGCCCCAGAUGGCCACCUUCAGCCGCUUCUACGCGCCCAUGUUCCCCUCCAUGCCCAUGCUGCCUGGCGGGACCACCGGAGGAGGAAUGAAGAAGGGCAUCAACAUGUCCUGCUACAACUGUGGCCUGAGCGGGCACUACGCGCACGAGUGCAAGCAGCACGCGGCAGACUCCGGCCAUCCAGGUGGAUUCCGGCUUAAGUACGUUGCCCCCCACUCCUCUGAAGCGCUAGACAAAGCUGACUGACAGCAAGGGGACCAAGGAGUAAACAGUAAUUUCUAUCUCUGACUUCCUUGUGGCUUCACUCGAGUUCCACUGCAGUACUCAAGCACUGCGCCUGAGAACUGGGGGCCGAAGGGAUUCUUUUUCAAGCGGUUGUUCAUGGAAAAGCUGAAGAAUGUCUCUCUGAUUUUGAAAUAGGGCAGGUUUAAAGAUGUGCCUCGAUGGGUCAAAAGCAGACGCAGCAGCCUAACAUUUACAUGACGACAAAAACAUUUAAAAGUGGGUCAUACAUUUAUGGGCUUAAUUGUAUGCGUUUCUGAUAGAACUACCAUGUGGUUACAUUACGUUUGAUAUGGUCCACUACCAUACUGUUCGUUUAUUUAGUAAACAUCUAAUUGUAAAUGGCUGUGGCAUUAUUAUUUUUGUUUGUUUCUUUAUUAAACACUAAAAGGGUCAUUUAGAUUCUGCACUUCAGACUUGCAGUCAGUCUUGUAAAACGUGACCCUGAAACUUGAGACUUAUAUUUGGGAAAGGUUUAGAAUUGUUUAUACGGUGGGGAGUUGCUUUCAAAUUGUCUCAUUUUCUGUGCAUUUCCAAACUCCUGAGGAGCAGCUGAUUUCAGUGUUUAAAAAAGUGUUUAUAAGAAAACAAGAAAAUGUGAAUGUUCUAAAGAGAAAGAUAAACAAAAACAAAUGGAUUUUCUUCUAAUUUGAUGAUGCAUGAAGAAACCAUGCAGCCAUUUAAUUUAUGUGGUAGAUACAUUGCAAGCCUGUAUUUAUGUUUCCUUGAAAAGCUCUGAAUGUAAACAGUAUUUCUGUUGGCUUGAUCGUUGUCAUUUCAUGUAAUGUGAAUUGUUUCAAGUUCAUAAUCAUGAUUCAGACAGUGUUGUACUGCUGUUUUUUGCUUGUUUGUUUUGUUGGUUGUUGUCUUUUUUUUGUUUGAUAUAUAUAUUUUUAUAAAGUGUAAAGCACUAUGUAAUGACACUCAGCCUAACUUGAUGUUCAUGUCAGGUCCUUACGUGCACUGAGAGUAAUCUGUACUGAUCUGUCCACUGUGCCGUUUGACUUGGGAGGGCUUGGGAGAGGUGUCUGUCAUUUGGUGGUGUGACCACCAGAGGGUGCACUAGUGGCCCUCUGUGCUUUGUCUCUGGUGCUUACAUACACACCACUGGUAGGUUUCGAAAAAGGAGAGUGCUUGGUGUCCCAAGUAUUUUUCUUUAUUUGUAAGUUUUUUUUUCAUGUCACACACUUCCAUUUCUUCCAAUAGGACUGUGACAUGUCCAGGGAAAGGAAAAGCAAAUAUCUUUGUUUUUAGAUGGAUUAUUGAGGUGGACCUUUAUUUGAAUGGAAACUUUACUAGGAAAUGAAGUCAUUGUGAAGCACAUAUGUUUACCUGCAUGCUCUACGGCCAAGAUGUGUAGUGUUUGUCGAGCGUACACGAUGUGGGAUAUCUGUUCAAUUACCACUUAAACCAAGCAGCGUAAACACGUUUGUAUUGCCAGACUUUAUACUUUUCAUUUUAAUGUCUGAGUUUGUUUUUUUUUUUUUUUUUUAAACAGCUCUUUUGUUCUCUGGAAACCUUGCUUAAACUGCCAAAGCAGACCUGAGGGGAAAAAAAAAACUUACUUUUUUAUAAUAUAUGCAAACAGAUAAUUUAAAAAAAAUAUUUUAUAUUGGUUUUGAUGAAGGGAUCAUGAUUUUGACCUGCUUUAUGUACAAAAUCUUUAAAAGACAAAAAAACGCAGACACUCUUGCGCUGAACCAGGGGGUGGGUGGGAGAUGGAGGCAGAGACCCGCCCUGCACCUAUGCAGCUGCUGGAGGUGUUUGUUAUAUUUCUUUGGAGAGAUACUGUGCCGUAUAAAUGAGGUAAAUUGUUACCCUGGGUUUGUGUUUACUGUUUCAUAUCUAAACGUUGAUAUUUACUGGAAAGUUCGGAAAUAUUUCUAGAGAGAAAUUUGCAUUUGAAGCAAAUUUAUCUAUCCCAUUGAGUUAUCAGCAAUAAAUAUUGAAAAAAACAUCAAGCUCUCUCUGUGUGUGUGUGUUUAAAAAAAAAAAAAUUAUGUUGUCAUGAAUUAUUAUUUUUUCUAAGUUUAAAAAAAAGUAGCUUGACAAUUUGUUUGAAAGGUCAGUGUCAUUAGAACGUUGUCCUGCAAUUUCAGCAUAUGGACAGUAGAUGGCGGUCAAUAACCGCUUCAUAUAAGAGGCCUGUCAAGAGAGGAAAGAGUUCUGCAGAAAGGCAAGGGCCAGACUUUCUUACCUGUGAAGCCUCAGGGAUCCCCCACAAUGCACACACUUAGGCAGCAGGUAUUAGACCAAAUGUUGCUAAUGUGAUGAUAUUCGGACAGCGCCGAAACUCAUUUGAUGUUUUUUUUAGGUACACACGACCUUUUCCUGUUUUGUUUUAUAGCCUGUUCUUUGUUUCACUUCAGUAGAAAGACCUAUUCACAUUCAAACUGAUAAAGUGUAUCCCACAUAGAAAAACCUUCAAGUUUAACCUGAGUGUUUUUGCAAGAAAGCCUGAAUAGUGCCUGUGAAGUUUCAUGAUUUUAGAAGACUAAUAAUUCAACGAAUAAUUCAACACCAGGCAGCUGGUAGGAUUUCCAGUGCUUAUUGUCUCCAUGGCAGUGCUGUUUCCGCGGGCAACAGCCUGCCGUGAUGAAGCCGCCAAGCCCAUGCCAGUGUGCGUGUGAGGGAGUAAGUGAGUGGGGUGUUCCUCGUAGAGAAGGAGGGGUGGAUGGAGAGCAGCGUAGGCGUCAUGUCGGUCAUGAGGUUUUUUUUUUUGCCCCGCCCCCUAGCGUGUGUGUAAUCCGGCAGUUGGUGCCGCUGACGUGUGUGUACACCGCGCGAGAGCACGAGCUUGCGUGCUGGAGUCAGCUGCAGCCCUGCAUGGCCUGGAUCCCAGUCACAGCAUGGACUUCACGGACCCCCGCCGGGAGGGGGCUGGAGAAGCGGAGGAUUCAUCUCAUCGCACUUCUCCACUCCAUCCUCUCUUUCCCCUCUCUCAACCCAACAUCCCUUCCAGAGCCGGGGCUACCAUCCUCCCCCUCUAUAUUGUCCUCCCUCACCCAGACAACUGGGGGGGGACAGUCCUCUUCUCUCAUUCCAAAACACUUCUAGAUCAGGGAAAAGAGGAGGGGGGGUUAACACAGCUGUUCCUAAAGUGUGGGGUGUGAGUUAAGGGUAAAACAUAAACCACCAAAUACAGGUAAAAUGGCAGAGCUCUUUCAACAUCGUAGCCUAAAAGGAACCUAUUUGGUGAUGAGUUCAUCGCCUACUUUGUAUGCUCAGGGCUGUUUAGCCUAAGUUACAUGUUGGAAGGGAUAGCUUUCCUAAU